UCUGAGGUGUGCGAGACAGGUCCUCUUGGCAUAGGGUGCUCUCCCCUCAAGUCAGGCGCGCUCACGGAACUUGCACGCUGCGCAGAUAUAGGCCUCGCGAGCAACACGCUGAUAACAGCAGCAGCAGUUCGAAUCAGAAUCCCCCGGGUUUUUUUUGCUGUGGUGCGCACCAAGUACCUCGAAAAGGACCCACGUACUGCUGUACGUACUCGGUGGCACCACCACCGGACAAUAGCCCGGCGGUCGCCUCAGCGGCUGCGGAUAGAGGGAAGGAAAGCAGUUAUCAUGUGGAUGCUGUCGAACUGAGGAGGCAGCCACCGGACCGCGCGAUUUGUAUCGACGAGACGUUGGGGUGCCAUGGAUCAGCAGCAGCAGGCGGCAGGCGGCGGUUGUGAGGAAGCCGCCGCCGGCGAGGAAACAGCGGUAGCACCAGCAGCACCAGCAGCAGCCGGAGAGAGCGGCAUGACGCCCUUCCUCAUGGCGGUCAGAAGCGGCACGGGGCAGGCGAUCGUGCGCCUGGUGGAAAACGUCGGCGACGGCGUCCUUGGCGACAGCACCCCCGACGGCGCGUCCUGCCUGCACCUGGCAGCCGAGCGGCGGGGGGAUGGCAUUGUCCGCCUCAUACUGGACACAUGGAGAGCGGGGCGGCUGCUGCCGCACGUCGAUGCUCGGGAUCGGCAAGGGUUUUCGCCCUUGCACGUGGCGUGCAUGCAUGGGAAUGUGGAGGAAGCGACGGAUCUGCUCAGGCGGGGAGCGGCUGUCGGGGCCAAGAACGAGCGAGGCUCGACCCCGCUGCAUUGGGCGGCGAGCCGCGGACACUCGAGGGUGAGAACCCGAGGUCGUGGGAAUCUUGCCAAACGCCUGCCCCCCGACACCGCUCCACUGCUAAUGAAACAGAUCGUCAAGCUAUUGGCUGGUGUGUACGGUGCGGAGGCGGCGGUGCCCGCGGGGAACGGGUCCACCCCCCUCCACUGGGCGGCUUCGAAGGGCAGGCGCGGGGUGAUGAAGGUUCUUCUCGGAACUUUCUGCGUGCCGGUGGGAAUAAUCCUCUCUCGUUGUAUUCUGUCUCUCUCUCGGUCUCUGUCUCUGUCUGUCUGUUUGUCUGUCGAUUGGUCGGUCUUGUUUGGGUGCGGUAGCUCGUAA